UCUCUGGACGAAGAUGCUAGAGAUGAACGGCUCAUUAAGUGCAAUCACCUCCUGACUUUGGAAUACUCUGACAUGGCUUAUAACAUAAUCAUAAUGAAAAUGUUACCACAAUUCCUUUGGUGCAAUGCUCUUUCAUAUAAAUUCUGUUUGAAGUAUUCGACGAUGCGUUGGCGAGCAAUGGUUUUUAAUGGACUUUCGUUUCUUCUUCUAUUCAUUUCUGCUAUUCUUUCGUUGCAUUGGACAGGCUCUCUUCGUGCUGCUUGUGAACGGAGAGGUGUAGCGUGUUAUGGUCGUGGUGGCGGCAAUUAA